CAGAUGCACAACAGCAAAACAACCAACACAUGAACACAACCACAUGGCAACUAGCAUUGGCUAUUUUAAUUAAUAAAAAUUUGUUUCUCUACACUUUUUAUAAUAUAGCCGAACAAUUAAAUUAACCGUAAGCCAUGACGGAAGAAAUGGACUGCGAAGACAACAGCGAGAUUGAAACUGCAGACACUUUUAUUAAAGUGGAUGACGCGGGUCCAGAAACUUUCAAGAGCGACCCAGAAAACAUUAUUCUUGUGCCAAAUGCUCUCGACCCAGAGACAAUGGUUUUACAUCAUCUGGCAUUUGAUGCAGAAAGCAAAACCUUAGCCGUUUUCAAAUACGCGAGAAAGGUUCGCAGUGAAGAAGGCUCGAAAUCGUCAAUCAAAGGGCCUGUUGGGAAAAUUGAAAUUUGGGGCACUUCCCCGCUUUACAGAUUAAAGCAAUCAAUUUUUCUUCCUGGAGAGUUCAGUUCAAAUGAGGGCCUUGCGUGGUACAAAGGAAGAUUGUUUUCAUGUGGAAUCCAUGGCCACCUUGUAGAGUAUGACAUAGAAGCAGAAAAAAUUAAAAAAUGGACUCCUGUGCCUGGAGGCAUUAAGUGGUGUUUAGCAAUUGAUCAAGCAACUGGUCGAAUUGCAGUAGGAUCAGAAGAUGGAUUUGUCAUCAUAAUGCAAAUCUAUGACUAUGAAAUCGAGUUGGAGAAAAUUCUCGACCGGCAAGAAGACAGGGUUUUGUGCAUUUCUUGGAGCCCUGAUGGCAAGAAACUUGUCACCGGCUCACCAAACGCCGUUCGAAUUUGGGACGUGAAAUCAGGGCAAGCUGUGGACAGAAUCACCAUUGGCAAAGUGGUGGCCAAAGAUGACACCAUUGUUUGGUGCACGGCAUUCUUGGACGACUCUACGUUCGCAACUGGAGACUCCAAAGGACGAGUCUGCAUUUGGGAUGCGAAAAUGGGCGUUUGCAGUGAGACGCACGAAACAAAAUUGCAGCAAGUGCAAUGCCUGGCUACAGCAAAGAAUAAAAUCUAUUGUGCUGGUGUUGGAAAGCAGAUUCAAGUGCUACUGAAGGGAAAAGAGGAAUUCAGCAACAAGUGGGUUGUCGGUGCCACAAGGACCAUUCACACUCAUGAUGUCAGGGCACUCGCUGCCAUCACGGACAGCGAGCUUGUCUCCGGUGGAGUUGACUCGUAUUUAGUUGUGUCCAGGGCUCCUCCAAUCACGGUCAAUGUGAUUCCACCUUACCGCAGCUCAGAUGUGCAAAUUUCAUCUCAGAAGAGACUGUUCAUGAUCCGCUACAUUAGUAGCACAGCUGUGCUGCACCUCCCAGAAGACAGCUUUUCUGCCAACAUGCUUUUGCGGUUCAACACAAGUUCUCCUAUCACAACCAUUGGCUUGUCUGAAGAUGGCAACUGGUGUGCGCUGAGCACUGUCAAAAACGCGAAGAUGUUUGCUCUGAAUUGCUUCUCAUCCAAUGCCAAAGCUAGUGCCGAGUUAGUGUUGCUUCCGUCUAAUGAGUACAAAUCGUUCAAGAGGAUACAGUUUUCUCAAAACCCGGGCAACAUGGCAGCAGUGUUUACGAAGAAUAACAAAAUUCGGAUUCUGGCACUUUCCUAUGAAUUUAAAGCGGUGACUGAAACGCAUGUGGUAAAUUUGGAGCAAGUGCUGCCGACAUAUUGCACUAUAAAUUUGAUGGCCUUCACAGACAAUCGACUGAUUGUCUCAGACUUUGAGGGAAAUGUGGCUUUUUCAAGCCAAAAGAAUGACUGUUCAAAGUCACAAGAUUGGACUCUCCUUCCGAAGCAUACCCACGAGGUGACAGCAUUAACAGUUAACCCAGAGAAUAGAAACAAAGUGAUUCUGAUCUACGCUGAUGGACAGAUAUCCGAGUUUGCAAUGGAAGGCUUUUCGUAUAAAAUCCUUAAAGCAAAGGAAGAGAGCAACGAGGAGAGUUCGCGUUGCGCGCCUGGGAGCUCGCUGACAACUGUGUGCUGUCAUAAUUCAAGUGAUGGCCUGUUCAUGUCGGUGGAUGGUGGAAAACUUAUUGGCUUCAACUACUUCAACAUGCUGCUCCAGAAACAUGGAAAAGGGAACGCUCUUUAUCCUUCAGUGAUCGAGACAAAUUUUGGCAAGUUCUUGGUCAAUAUGGCGCAAUUUGCAAAUGGGGACAUUUGCAUAGUGCGUGCAUCUCACGAGAGGUUAUUGGAGAAACUCCCUCCUAUGCCAGCAGCAAAGUCGUACGGCACUCACUUGUUAUAAAAUAAAGCUUUAUUUCUUAGAAAAAUUUAACAAAUUUUCAAUAUUAGCAAUUUAAACAACUACAAAUAUUCUUAGAUAAUUUAUUAGAAUUUUUAUAUGCCGAAUUUACAAAAGAAUUAAAAAUGACACAGAUUUUUCCCGGAUAUGCCGCCUAGCCAUCUCAGCAAGGCACCAAAUAAAGAACGUUUUGUGGAAUUUUUAUCAACUUUGAUUUUAUAAAAGUGGAAUUCGCGGGGUUUUUUAUCGACGUCUUCCGACUUCUUUGUAAAAAUUUAACAAAUUGUCAAUAUUAGCAAUUUAAACACUUAUAAUAUUUCUAUCUUGGCUCAUUUAUUUGAAAUAAUUGUACAGUCAACUUUUUUCUUUCACAAAAUAGCUGUUUUGGGAGACCCUCCUAUAUAAAGAAAUAUACUUUCCUGCAGGCAGUGUCACGGGUAUCAGGACUUUCUCACAGAAAGUUUCCCUAUCACAAGUGAAUUGGUUCAGGUGGCACAUAGGAAGGCUGGUGAGAAAGCUCAAAACAAAUGUGUAGCAGUUGUAACUGUCCUCGUUGUACCUAAAUGAAAAUUUAAAAUAAUCGAGUCAAUUGGCAAUGAGGGUUAAGGAAACAAAAGAACCUUUCUGGAACCCAGUUUUCACUUUGCAGACACGUAUUUAGUGCACUGUCCCAUGAGAUUUCAAAGAAAUCAGAGGAAGUUGUGUUGCAUUGAAUGCUUAAACACUCAUCCCAAUCUUUGGCUGGUUCUUCUUUCAAUCCGUGCUCGUCAUAGGAAAAUAUAUUUCCUCUAGAGUUUGUGACACCUAUGUGCAAGUCCGCGUUGUUAGAAUAUGAUCUGCGGGGGAAAUUGUUAUUUUUAUCCAAAUUAUUAAAUUUCUGCUAAACUUAUACCUCAAGAAAUCGCCAUUUGUAGGCCGCAAGACUAAACUGCAAGGAUAUUGCGAGGCUCGUGUGAAAGGAAACGGUAUGCUGAGGAUCAAAUUAAAUUUAAUUAUUGCAAAAUAUUAAAAAUAAUCAAAAUUACCUAAAAGGUGUGAUGUCAGUGUUGGUUGUUAAAUCUGCAUUGCACUCUGGGCAACCUUUUGGCACAGAGAAAACAAAAAUAUCAGAUUUGCAAUGAUUGAAGCAAAUUAAUCCUGGAUCUCUGUUCAUUUUAAUUUAUAGAGAAUUUCGAUGGAAUUAAAUAGGUCAUUGUAGUAACGCCUCUAUACUGAUUCUCGUACAAAUAAUACGUUAAACGAGGAAAAAGAAUUGUUUACUAUCAGUUGUUUCUGUAUAUUUUUAAUUUGAAACUUCCGCAGAAAAAUAAAA